GCCCCACCAGGGAGGAAAGGCUCAUCAAGUUCUCAGGAAUUGGCCCAGUGGAUGAGACUGGGAUGCCCAUUGCUUCAAGAUCAAGUGUGAACAAACCCAAAGACUGGUACAAGAGCAUGUUCAGGCAGAUUCACAAGAAGCCAGAAGAACCUGAGCUGGAGCCUUCAGAGAAGUGGUCAGCUGAAAGGAUGCAGUUGUCUGCCAACACAGAAGAAGGUAAUGAAGCAGACAAGAACCUCUUCAGACUAACACCUCAUGGAGCUCUACCAGACUGGAGCGAGGAUGUAGAUAGACUGUCAGACCCAGGAAAGCAGCACGCUCAACCAAAGAGCAUAUUCGACUUUGAGCCUGGAAAGAGCACCACCUCAGAAAGCCACAGUCAGUCACAUCUAUAUGCACAGAAGCUACAAGAGACACCCAAGUCUCCUUCAAUAGAGGCCAGUUUGGUGUCUGAGCUGAGUCGAUUUGAGGCUGAGCUGGACUCGGAUAUUCAAGGCCUGGAGCGGAGACUUUCCCAGAAGAAGCAGCAUCGAGGCUGGGGUGAGGAGGCUAGAGGGAGGGAUCCAGUAACUGCUCCAAAGAGUGGCGCUACUAGUUACAGCAAUUCAUCAGCAUCAAAGCAGCCUGUCCAUCACUUUGUUGGCCCAUCAUCACCCUCUGUGCCCACAUAUGUAGAACGUCUUUCGCCUGCAAAUGAAACCAUGGAGGUCCCACCUAAAAAAGAGGAGAAAAGGAUGAAAGCAGCACGAGCCAAGUUUGAUUUCCAGGCUCAGUCACCCAAGGAGCUCCCACUGCAGAAAGGCGACAUUGUUUACAUCCACAGGAAGGUAGAUGCCAACUGGUUUGAAGGAGAGCAUCAUGGAAGAGCUGGUAUUUUCCCCACAACAUAUGUGGAGGUUUUGCCUCCUACAGAAAAACCGACACCUAUAAAGUCUCCCACUCUGCAGGUGCUGGAGUAUGGGGAAGCUGUGGCUCUAUUUAACUUCAAUGCGGAGCUACCUGUUGAACUUUCUUUCCGUAAAGGUGAGGUGAUCAGCAUAACCAGGCGAGUUGAUGAUCAGUGGUUGGAGGGCAGGAUUCCAGGAACAAGUCGCAGCGGCAUCUUCCCAGCCAAUUACGUUCAGGUCAACAAGAUGCCCCGCACCAAAUACUCCAUGGAUGACUACUCACCGGGACCCAUGUCACCCGUCUCUCCUGGACCCCAGAGUCCAGGACGUCCACUGCACUCACCUUCCCCGCGGUCACCGCUGUCCCCUUUCACCUACACUUCCCUGAGCCCCAAACCUGACCACUCCCCCGUGAAACCGUCUUCACCUUCACUGCUCGGCAGCCCAGCUUCACAGUCACGCUCUCCCACUCAGACACCCGUGCCCAAAGAAAUGGCUAAUCGCUUGCACCACAUCAUUUCCAAACCGGUUUCACCCACCAACCACAACAAUCACUGGGCUGGGACACCCUCAGCUAACCAGAGUGCCGCCGUUAAAACCAUUUCACCCUCCACUCAUUCAUCAACGUCAGCACACAGAGCGGGAGCUCCCACAGCGAACACUCCCCGAUACUCUGACCACUCGCAGGGUGCAAUACCUAAUCAGGCUGCUCCACAUGCCAACUCCCUGCCGCAAACGCAAGCACCAAACAGCCCCGGUUCACUGAUGGUGCAACACCAACCGUAUAAAGCUGUUUACAACUACAAACCACAGAAUUCAGAUGAGUUGGAGCUCAAAGAAGGAGACAUUGUUCAAGUGGUGGAGAAAUGUGAUGAUGGCUGGUUUGUAGGUACGUCAGAACGGACUCGUGCUUUUGGGACUUUUCCUGGGAAUUACGUGGCACCGGUUUGACUUCCUCACUUACUGCUUGCCCACAUCCAUCAGGGGUCAUUAGAGGCCAACUAAUAAUGCCAAUAUCCACCACACUCCCCAAGUGUUGAUUAGUACAGCCUGCAUGUUCAUGAUGUGAAAGGGAAAUGAUGUGAUUUCUCACCUCACCUCCCUGCAUGUUACCAUGUGUACCACAGAGAUUCAAUGAGCAUAUUUUCAAGCACAUCACUUCAGAAGAUUGAAUGAAUGCAGAUGACACUGUUUCAGAUUGAAAGAAUGGAUUCUAUUGUUCCGCGACUCUUUGCAGCUGCAGGAAAUUUGCAUUUCUCCCCACUGAACAGCACUGUUUCUCCAGAGGUCCUCACAGUACGAUACUGCAUUCAGCUUUUCAUCACCACAGUGCCGUCACAAACCACUGAAGUUUCAGUGAAGACCAGAACCUUUUCUAGCUUUCAUGGAAUAUUAAUAUUUCCUUCAAAUAUUUUCCCCAGAUUUUCUUUCAGAUCUCUGAACAGACCCGACGCAGUUUUGAGGAAACAACACGAUAAUCUGUAAAUGGUGCUCAAAGUAAAGUGCAGUGAGGGCUCAGACAUAUCAACCUAUGAAUGCUGAAAAGUAUAAAAUGCAUGUAUUGGUCGCCUAAGCAAGUUAUUGAUUGUAUAAUGGAUGGUAUUUCUCAUUUAUAAGAAACAAAGUUAAACGGAAAAUUUGAAAGUAAAGAGAUGGAAUGUGUUUGAUGCUGUAAGAGAAGUAUUUGCUUUGAAAUUGAAUGUACAAGAUGAGCUGUGUCUGUAAGUCAAGACUAGACGAUGGCUUCACAGCGAUUGGCUGAAUGAUCUUUUAAGGUAUCUGAAUUUAUUCUGAAUGUGCCAAAGCUAACCUUUAUUCACACGCCUGUGUUAACCUGCACAUUCCCAGCUCACUUUAUUCUUGCUACAUUGUUCUACUACUGCUUCUACAGUGUUUUCCCAGCUUAUGGGGGUAAUUUUGAUAACAGUAUUCAGAAAAUCACAUAUAUUUGUGCCCAUCCAACCUCAGAGUUUGUAAUCCUAACUAAAGCAUCUUUAUUCUAAAGUUAUUUUGCAAUUUUAUAAGAUACAUUCAUGAUUUCACUGUAAAAAAAAAAAAAUGUAUAUUUA